AUUCAGAAACAAGUGAUGUUUCCAGAGAGAGGAGGCUCCCCGUUGGACGGCCCGCACACCCGUCUGAGGAAGAGGGAGGGUCACUGAGGUUUUUUUUCUGCCUCGGUACGGGAGCCGAGUGGGGACCAGCUGGUUACGCAGCGGCCGUGGGUCUCCACCCGAGAGUAUGGCGGCUGAGAUUGCACCGGAGAGCGAGGGAGACGCGGAGACAUACCAGAGAUGGUGAAAAAGAAAACAAAGAGUUCUUUAAUUAUUUGUGUCAACAGUUUAGUUCUGUGUUCCUGAUGUGGCCUCCGGCUUGAAACAUUGCGCCUGCAGUUCACACUACGGGGCUUACGCCAGCGUUUUACCAGUGUCCUCGAUGGAGCAACUUUGUUUUUUUCUGAUCCACAGAGAGGGGUGAGCUGAGCAGAUGAAAACCAGCACGAUCAGCGGGCAAUAUUUCUUCCUCCCUGUGCACAUUUUUGGACAAUUGCAGUCCUCGGACGCCCGGGUAGCUGUCAGUGUCUGGCCUGCAUGGGGGAAUUUCUACAAUGAAAUCCAUCUCGGGGCAGCGAGUCUUUGUGCUCUACCAUAGCUGAGCAGCGGCGAGCAAGACUGUAUUAUUGACAACCCGUUCAAAAUGGGAAGCGAAUGGUGACUGUGAUUCGUGCGGGAACAUUUUGAGUUCAUGUCAAUGACGCGCGGAGAUUUGAUACCUUACGACUUGAUUUAAUCCACGAUGCGCGAGUAUAAAGUGGUGGUCCUGGGCAGCGGUGGGGUCGGGAAAUCCGCCCUCACUGUGCAGUUUGUUACCGGGACGUUCAUAGAAAAGUACGACCCCACUAUAGAGGAUUUUUACCGCAAGGAGAUCGAGGUGGACUCAUCACCCUCGGUGCUGGAGAUCCUUGACACCGCUGGUACCGAGCAGUUCGCCUCCAUGCGGGACCUUUACAUAAAAAACGGUCAAGGAUUCAUUCUGGUCUACAGCCUCGUAAACCAGCAAAGCUUCCAGGACAUAAAGCCGAUGAGGGAUCAGAUCAUAAGAGUGAAAAGGUACGAGAAGGUUCCUGUGAUUCUGGUGGGGAACAAGGUGGACCUGGAGAGUGAGAGGGAGGUAUCGUCCAGCGAAGGUCAGGCCCUGGCCGAGGAGUGGGGCUGCCCGUUCAUGGAGACCUCGGCAAAGAGCAAAACCAUGGUAGACGAACUGUUCGCUGAGAUCGUUCGGCAGAUGGACUACGCCGCCCAGCCAGACAAGGACGACCCCUGCUGCUCCUCUUGCAAUAUACAAUAGCCCCGGGGGCCCGUCAGGAACCACCCAGGCAAAAUAUCUACUUAGAGAAAGCUACCUUGCCCGCAGCAGAGACACACACUAAGACACACAUGCACAUGCCAAUUAAAAUAAAGUAAAAUUCACUGUUGAACGCGAUGGAUUUUAACUCCACUGAGCAUAAAAUCGGCGGUGACAUGAUUAUUUAUGACAACAUGUGAGUAAUGAAUAUAUUUUGAAAGAGGAACUCCAGGAAUUUGCAGAAAGAGAAAUUGUCAAAUGACAAAAACGUAACAUUCCCUCGCCUUAUGUUACUCUCUCUGUUGUUUGGAUUUGUUUUUAUCCUUUCAAGUUGUCGGGAGAAAUCAUCAGCAAACAGUCACAAAUUAGGAUCUUUACUCUUGGGUUGUUUUACAAUCUGUCAAAAUGAGUUACAAUAUCUUCUCCUGGUUGUAUUUGUAUCACGGAAAAUACAUUUUUUGUUACCUUGAUCUGAAGGUAAAAAAAUCCAAAUCAUAUUUCUUGGAUCCCCUUGUUUUAAAUAUGAAGGAGUAUUUGAUUUACAGUAUGCACACAUUUUCUCCCAGCUUAUUUUGUGCAGUAGUUUUUCGGAGGUUUUUCUACUCAUCACAGGGCUUAACCAUUUUCUUUUCUUUGUUUUGUUAUUAAAAAAGGAAUGGAGAGAAAAUGGUGGAAGUCAGCAUUUUUCUUUAAAACAUUGGUGCAGUCAUCUCUUUCCUAUUUUCUCACUUUGAGAUACAACAGCAAACAAUAGCAGAGUCUUUCACAUAUCGUGUGAUGUUUUAUUUUUCUCUCUGGGAGACUGACAGCACAUUACUGAGUAGAAAUACAACUAUCAGCUUCAUCCUGAGGGGACUAAGAGUUGAUGUUUUCAGUGUUUGAAUAUUUACAGACGAUAUCUUUAAACUCUUUCAGGAAUGUAUGACAUUUAUAGUGAAGAUGCCAACAUUUGUCAUACUUUACAUUUUCUUUUACUUCUGGGGUGCCCAAUAGUUUUUAACAUCCUGAUCCUUCUGUCAGUGUUCAAAUCCAUAGUAAGGAUGAAUGAGAAGAUAAUAGGAAUAAUAAAUGGUAGUGUAAAUAUUUUGUAUUGAAAGUGCCAGCUCCUGUGAAGACACUGAACACAUGUGGAAUUGUCAACUGUAUGCAUGGCUAGUAAACAAAAAAAGGACUCUAGUUUGAGAUAAAUAUAGACUGUGGAAAUGUGCAAAACAAACGUGUACAAACUGAAUCUGGACACUCUCUCAAAUGUACAUCUGUACUGCCACGGGAACCAGACUUUCCCUGUGUGACCAUUUUCAUUGUUGAUUUUAUAUUUUUUUAUGUGACCAUUUACUCUUCAUUCCCUCUCUGAAUGGUGACACUGUUAUAUUUGACACCUAAACAAUAAAAGUGCGUUCAACACUCGACUGAGACUUCACUUGAAGUGAAUCCACUCUGACAUGCUCCAACAA